GGCGAGAGUGUCCGUGGGGACAGUCUCGUCUCUCUCGCUCUCGUUUGCUGAGCGGAUGAGCUCGCUCCUGUACACGGCAGGCCGUAUAUAAACACCCAUUAGCUCCCAUCAAAUCCCCUCCUCAGCCCAACCAGCCAGCCAGCCAGCAGUCCUCCGCCGCAAUGUACUUCCUCACUGCCCUCGCCGUCCUUACGCUUCUCGCCUCCACCGCCUCGGCGGCCGUAACGGGAGUGACUGGCGCCAACUGCAACGGCUACGUAUUCACCAAAGCAGCGGUGCAAGCGGCGGCCAACGAGGCCCUCGACCACCUCGUAUCGAGCAGCACCGUGGGCGACAACGACUACCCGCACCAGUACAACAACUACGAGGGCUUCAGUUUCAACAGCGGCUGCGCCCCGCCCUACUACGAGUUCCCGCUGUUCAAGAGCUCGCUGUACACCGGCGGAUCUCCGGGUGCGGACCGCGUCGUUAUCGGCAGCAGGAGCGGAAGCUCGGCGAAGUUCUGUGAUGUCAUCACCCAUUAUGGCGCCAGCGGAAAUGCGUUCUUGAUGUGCGCGAAUACGUAGGAAGUGCAUUGGGAACUGUUGGGCGGACGCUGGAUGGGGCGAGUGCGCUGUUUGGCUGGUACGAAUGGUCGCCUGUCGUGUGUGUGUGUGUGUGUGUGUGUGUGUGUGUGUGUGUGUAUUCGUGUAUCCUGUACUAUUAUACUCAUCGAUACGUGGGAAAUGGAAUAUCUUUACCUCUCUACAGG